UCCCUUUGGUAUGGACCCUCGUCCAUUUGACUCGACUCAACCAAACGUCGACCGAUACAGAACACGACAAAUGGAACUCUCACGGCCACAAAACAUCAGCUAUCCUCUUUCUGCCCGAAUUUCCUCCUCAGCGCCGCCUGUUCGUCGGCCGAGAAGCCCCUCGACUCGAGAUAUUGUCGCACACCGCCGCACUCGUUGUUGACAUACUCGAGGGCGGUCUUCAUGGCCUCCGGCGUGGCCAGUGCCCAAGAUUCCGGCAUGCCCAUGUCAGCCAUCUCACUGCAUCCAUGACACACAACACAAACAUAACAAGAGGCUAUGAAUACGGUCUGUCCGGGGCUCAUCUGGUGCUCACCUCUUCACGUUGUCGAUGACCGGGCUGAGCCCCUUCUCUGACGCCGAGUAGUCGGCAAGGAUGUCACUCUCCGACGCACCCAUGAUUGACAGCAGCAACAUCGUGACAAGACCUGACGGCACACAGCAGUCAUGUGUGUGUGCGACAAAUGCACGACGGAUGUUCUCCCACUCACCUGUCCUGUCCUUGCCGAAGGAGCAGUGCAUGAGGAAUGGCGGCUCCUCCCGCAGCAGCACCCCAAGGGCCUCAACCAACUUGUCACCAGCUGCAUACGCCAUGCACCAACCAAAUCAUCCAUCCAUCCAUCCACCCAUCCAUAUCCAUCAGCCGCCAUUGACUCUCACCAUGCUGCAGGAAGAGCACAUAGGUCUCCCCGAGCGAGAGCGACGCCAGCGCCCAUCUGGUGGCGUAGAAGGCGCUCAGCGUGCUGCCCGUCAGCGAGUCAUACAGCUUCAGGAAGGCGAGGGCCAGCUGUGUGGGGCAGCCGGCCAUCCGGAUCACCCGCCGUCGAAAGCCCUUAGACCUGCGCCAACCGACAUCCAUCCAUCCAUCGGUGAAUUCGCUCACUGCCCCACUCACCCACCCUGCAAUGUUGGCCUUGAUGGCUUUGCGAGCAGACUUGUUAUUGCCGUCACCGCCAGAGCCCCCCUUUGGCUUGAAGUUCUGCGGCACAAAGAUGCCGUACACGCCCUCGGCCGCUAUCCUGUCUUGAUCCGAUGAGGGAUCCGAAUGGCCACGGAGGUCCAGGAUGGUGCGGAUCUGCAGCUCGCCAACGAGCUUCUCGCACACUGCAGCCGUGCUGGACGCCAGGGGCCGCGCUGAGCGGUACACCACACCUGACAAGCGACACAGAUGCAUUCAUCCACUCACCAGAAUGAGCAGAUCUGUGCAUUUUGUGUCACCUUCUGUCAUGCAGGCGGAAGGGCACGCCAAUGAAACGUCUCGGAGGUUGUGCAGUGACGCCAUUUUUUC